CAUUUUCCGUACAAACGUCAGUGGAGCGCAGCACUCUGUCAGCUGGGUUAGAGGUCACUUUGAGCAACAUGGCGGCGCAGGUGAAGAAGGUGUUUGAAUUGUUUGUUUCACGGAUACCGUGGACAGUGGCAAAUAAAGAGGUGAAGGAAUAUUUUACCCAGUUUGGUACAGUAAAGAAAUGCCUUCUACCAUUUGACAAGGAGACAGGUUUCCACCGUGGCUACUGCUGGGUUACUUUUGCAGCAGAAGAGGGGUUGCUAAAUGCAUUGCAGAAGGACACACAUUUGUUGGAAGGAGGCAAGCUGCAAGUUCAGCAGAACAGAAGACAAUUAGGAAACUUGCACAAUAGAUCAGGUUCCAGUAACAGCUGAAGAUCAGAAUGUUUUAUUGUACAGAGGUCAUAAAAAUGUUAAAUAAAACUACAUACAAAAUAUAA